GAGUAGUAUGUGCUGUCGACAGAGUAUAUUAUAUAUUUAUAUUACUGAUAAUCCAUACUAUAUCUAUGGACAAUCCACUCCAAUUAACUCGAGUUGAACGCAAAUCGAGUUAACUCGAAUUAGUAAGUCGACUUGACCCAUCACUAAUAUGAAUCGGUGAUUGGUGGUUGGUCAAUGGUCUUUGGUGAUGGUGAACAACUUUGGAAAUUGAAUUGGAAUAGAAAUAAAGUGUUGCGUUGAGCAAUAGAUGAUAAAUUAACCUUCUGUCAUUGUGGAAUACUAAUAAUUAACAUAAUGUCUGGAGGCCAUAAACAUCGUUACAAGAAUGCAGGACUGAGUGCAGAUGAGUUACGCCGUCGCCGUGAAGAAGAAGGGGUACAAUUACGCAAGCAAAAGAGAGAGCAACAGCUUUUCAAACGAAGAAAUGUAAAUUUACCACAGCCAAAUGCACCUGAUAUUGCAUUACAGGAUGAUAUUAGCAUUUCUUCAUCUGAUGACAUCACACCACAAAUGGUGGCUGCAUUAUACAGUGACAAUCCUCAGGACCAAGUUAUGGCCACUCAGAAAUUUCGAAAGCUUUUGAGUCGAGAACCAAAUCCACCUAUUGAUGAAGUAAUACGGACUGGAAUUGUACCAAAAUUUGUUGAAUUUUUAUCUAAUAGCUCGAAUCCAACAUUGCAGUUCGAGGCGGCGUGGGCGCUGACGAACAUCGCGUCGGGCACGUCGGAGCAGACGCGCGUGGUGGUGGAGUGCGGCGCCGUGGGCGCGCUCGUGGCGCUGGUGGGCGGCGCCGGCGACGACGUGCGCGAGCAGGCCGUGUGGGCGCUCGGCAACGUGGCCGGCGACUCGCCGCGCUGCCGCGACGCCGUGCUGGCCGCCGGCGUGCUGCCGCCGCUCAUACAAAUCUUAAAUAAAUAUACAAGGUUGUCCAUGACAAGGAAUGCAGUGUGGACACUAUCAAAUCUUUGUAGAGGCAAAAAUCCUCCUACAAACUUUGAAGCUGUGGCACCCGGUAUUCCAGUAUUAGCCAGACUGCUUCAUCAUACUGACGCAGAUGUACUAAGUGAUGCUUGUUGGGCUCUCUCUUAUUUAUCCGAUGGACCAAAUGAAAAAAUUCAAGCUGUUAUUGAUGCCGGAGUUUGUAGAAGGCUUGUUGAAUUACUAAUGCAUAACAAAUCAACAGUAGUGUCUGCAGCACUGAGAGCUGUGGGUAACAUAGUGACAGGCAAUGACGCUCAGACACAGGCUGUACUCAACUGCAAUCCACUUCCUAGCCUACACGCGUUACUUCGCUCCAGCACCGAGGCAGUGAGGAAGGAGGCUUGCUGGACCUUAUCUAAUAUUACUGCAGGAAAUUCUCUACAGAUUCAGGCAGUAAUAGACGCGAAUAUAUUCCCGACACUAAUCGAAAUAUUAAGGCAAGCAGAAUUCAAAACAAGGAAAGAAGCAGCGUGGGCGAUCACUAAUGCAACCAGUGGAGGCACCCAUGAGCAAAUUAGUUAUUUGGUUGAACAAGGUUGUAUACCGCCUUUAUGCGACCUGUUGACGUUAACGGACGCUAAGACUGUACAAGUAGCACUCAAUGGACUCGACAAUAUAUUAAAAGCUGGACAGCAGUCCGAACAACUUAACCCCUAUGCGGCGCUCAUCGAAGAGUGCUUUGGUUUAGACAAAAUAGAAUUCUUGCAAUCGCACGAGAAUCUCGACAUAUACCAAAAGUCAUUCGAGAUAAUCGAGAAUUACUUCGGUUCUGAAGGAGAGGACGGUCGUUUAGCGCCAGAAGUGUCCUCAACUACCGGACAGUAUCAGUUCAGUGCUGACCAGUCUGUACCAAUGGGCGGUUUCCAGUUCUAACAGUGGACUUACUAACUUAUACAUGCAUAUAUAUGAGCAGUGCCUGUACCCAGGAGUGGAUAAAAUCCUUGUGGACUUCGGCGAAAUAAUCUACAUCGGAGUGUGUUUAUAUUUUGCACCGGGACUGUUGACAGUGGGAUUAAUUACAGGAGAUUAGAAAUCACAAUUUAAUAUCAAAUUAUUAACCUCGCCUCUUUAUUUUUUUUUGCUUCUGUAGAUAAAGGCGUAUAAUAUAUAGUUCAUUUAUUAUAUUGUAUAAAAUAUAUUUUGUUGGCUUUUAUGUCCAUCAUUGUUACUAAAACACUGUAUGAUUGUUAUGUAAUAAAGAAACAUUUUUGUUCGUUAUAUAUUACAGAUUGGUACCAAAACAUUCAUGCUUUUUUGUUUUUGUAUUAUAUAUUGUAAUAUAAUAUACUAAAUAGAUAUACUAGCAUUUCUUUAGAGAGAUUUUAUUUCUAACAAGACAAAUACCCUAUAUUUAAAUUUU